UCUUAUUCAUCGGUGCAAUGACUAUUGAAGCGACCAUCGAAUACGCGACAAGCCCAACGGUCACGACUAUCGACAGAACCGAUUAUCCAGUUCAAGAAGUCGACUUUCCGGGGAUAGCCAUUUGCGAUUUGAACAAGAUCAGCCUGAGCGGGGCCAGAAAAAUUGCCCGCCAGAUAUUCGAGGACGCCAACAUCAUAAACGAUAACAUCAGCUAUUACGAGAUCCUGGAUAUGUUGAAAUACUUGGGACACCUUUACGUCUUCGAAUUGAACGAGGGCGAGGAGCAGAGUGUCGAAUUUCUUCACAAAUUAUUGACCCAACGAUACGAGAGUUACGCUCCUCGAAUAUUGAAAGAGAUUACCCCGAAUUGCCAAUCGAUGCUUCAACGCUGCAGCUGGGCAGGAAAGGACCACUCCUGUGUAGACAUAUUCUACUCCCGAAAAACUGCGGAUGGUUACUGUUGCAUCUUUAACUACGUCAGACCAAGCGACGAUUUUGGAACAAACAUCCUCGCAGACAUCGUGACGAGCAACGGGAUCGAGCAUGCCGUCGGCAUUGGUGUUCAGGCUGGUCUCAGGGUCUCCUUGUACUCAAAUUUUACGGACCAUUUCUACAAGACACUUUCCAGUCUUGGCUUCAAGAUCCAGAUAUUCUCCUCGUUGGACUUCCCGGACACGUCGAGCGGCAGUCUUCGCGAAAUUAUCGUCGCACCACGGACGGAAUCUUACAUCACUCUUCACGCGACGUCGUUUUACUCUGUUCCGGAAGUUUAUCGGUAUAGCGUCGAAGUACGAGACUGCCUUUUCAAAGAUGAAUUGGCCGCCAUAUUUGGAGGACACUAUUCGUACAGCGAUUGCAUAAUGUACUGCAGAAUAGACGACAUACUGGAUCACUGCAACUGUGUGCCAUUUUUCUACCCAACGCCGCUAGACAAAGAGUCCGUGAGGACUUGCGAUCUCAAGGAUCUGUCUUGCUUGAGGAAAUACAGGGACAGAUGGUGGAGGGUCGUACCAAGGAUUGAAAAUGGAAUGGAACCAUUCACCGAUAAUUUUUUGAACGGACCAGAUGGAUAUUUAAAUUGUAGCAGGUGCUUACCGGCCUGCGAAGACAUCGCUUACGAAUUUACACUCAGUUCGGCGAUUUUAUCCGCUGCAGGAGACGAUACCUGGAGCCGUGAAAGCUGCGGAAAGACGGAAAAAUUCAUCGAUCACACCGUAAUAAACAUAUUUUUCCAAAAUUCUGGAACAGUCAGACUCAAACAGGACGUUAUUUUUUACUGGUGGGAGUUGAUGAGUAAUUAUGGCGGGAUAUGUGGAUUCUUUCUCGGUGUUAGCUUGAUCAGCGUGGUUGAAUUAAUUUACUUCUUCACUCUGCGACUGUACAAACGGAAGGACGAGAUGAGAAGCGGAAAAAAAUCAUCCAAAUUCACCUUGGUCAAAGCUGUGAGACCGAGUCUGCGACCGUUGUAUUGGCAGGAGAUGAUGCAGCCGUAUGGCAAAUACUGAUAGGGACGAG